CACCGACUUCCCGUUCCUCACCAGAGAGGUCUCAAUUAUUCCUUUCUGCUCCUUUGGACCCUUGUGUACUCAAAUAUGCUCAAACAUGCCUCGUCUAUCGAAGUAAUACCCCCGCUUAACCCCUCGCUUCUCCCGGAUUGAGCACCAGCGUGGACAGUGCGACCCACCACAUGCGCUUAUCUGUACGGAAUCGUCUACAGCUACAUUCACCUCUUCGUUCACCGCUUGGUUGGUGAAUUUAUAGCUUCUUUCCAGCAGUCGACUCGUCCCUCCCAUUCGAUCAGAUUGCCUUAGGUGACGGUGAUCCCCAUAACGCGCAAGAAUGAUUCACAAACGAGCAACCCUUCCCACGCCUACUUCCACCGACUCAUUCUGGCACACCGAGCCAAAUGAAUUCCUCCUCGGCCACCGAACUACGGCAGAGAUACCUGCAGAGGCGGAUAUAGUCAUUGUAGGAAGUGGCAUUACAGGAACGUCUGCUGCGCGAUAUCUGGCAGAAGAUAAGCGGGCCAAACACAAGUCAAUUGUACUCUUGGAAGCUCGAGAAGCUUGUUGGGGAGCCACAGGGAGGAACGGCGGCCACUGCCAACCGCUCCUCUUCGACCGCUCCGCCGAAGUCGCCGCUUUCGAGCUCAAGAACGUCCAUGCCGUCAAGACCUACAUCCAGGAGAACAACAUACCGUGCGAAUGGCGUAGCGUUUCCGGCUGCCGCACCUUCUGGACGGAAGAGGUCAUGAAGGAGGCUGAGCGGGAACUGGAACAUCUCAAUAAAGUUGCCCCAGAUAUCGCGCGGUAUGUAUCCAUUAUUCGGGACAAAGACGAACUAAGGAAACACCGCGUCAAUCCAGACUGCCUCGGCGCCACCCUUACCGCCGGAGCAGGCAGUCUGUGGCCUUACAAACUCGUCACAUACACCCUGGAGCAACUGACAAAGGCCGGAAAACUGAACCUGCAAACCACUACGCCAGUGACUGCGAUAUCGUCGUCUUCCUCCGAACACAUUGUACAGACCCCACGAGGCUCUAUCAUCGCGAAGACGGUCAUUCUUGCAACAAACGGCUACACCUCUGCCAUCGUCCCGCAGUUCGCUGACCUCAUCGUCCCCGUGCGAGGCCAAAUGUCCGCACUUCUACCGCCAAAGAACUCCACGAUCUUGCCGGACUCGUACGGCAUGGUUGCCGCACUAGGCCAGCCUUCGAAUGCAGACGACUACCUCGUCCAGCGACCCUAUGAAGGGGUUCCCAAUCCAAGAGGACAUUUGAUGUUCGGGGGCGGCCGUGGCGCUGGUACCCUGCCUACAGUGGGCGAAUGCGACGACUCUGUGAAAGAUGAAGGGUCAGCUGCUUAUUUGCGCAGUGCAUUGCUCAAAGUACUCGAGCUUGACGGUGAUACUGAUGGCUUGAAGGAGCUGGAGGCAGUGGCGGAGUGGACUGGAAUCAUGGGGUAUUCUCGAGACAAUCAUCCGUGGGUUGGGAAGGUGCCGGGGACGGAAGGCCUGUGGCUCUGUGGAGGCUACACGGGGCAUGGGAUGCCGAAUGGAAUGUUGUGCGCGAAGGCGGUGGUGGAGAUGGUGUUGGGGGAGGAGAGAGGUGAAGAGAUGAAAGGAUUGGUUGAGCGCAUGGUCGAGAAUGGUGAACUGCCGAGGAGUUAUGUCAUUACUCAGGAGAGAAUCGAAAAGGCGAGGGGGUGGCCGACGGUUGAGGUGCAGGAUAGGCAAGGUUUUCAUAUGACGAGCGUGGUGUAAGAGGGUUGGGGUGGUCAGGAUGCAUAGAUCACGACACAGUUUUGUUUUGCGGGAAUUUCAAGAGUAUAUUGAACCAUUG